AUGACAUUAGACCUAUUCAGUCAAUUUAUAAUCCCACAAACCCUAGGAAUCCCCCUAAUCCUACUAGCCCUUCUUCUCCCCACACUACUUGUACCUGCACAAACCCGCGUAAUUCAAAAUCGCACAUCUACUAUACAAGGACACCUAAUACUUCUAAUUAUUAAACAGCUAUUAAACCCCCUUAACAAAACCGGCCACCCAUGGGCGCUACUCCUUAUAACAACAAUACUCCUUCUCUCCACAAUAAACCUAACCGGCUUACUGCCAUAUACCUUCACCCCAACCACCCAACUUUCAAUAAACAUAGCCCUAGCAGUACCCUUAUGACUCAUAACCAUACUAACAGGGUUCCGCACCCAACCAACCACAGCACUUGCCCAUAUGUUGCCAACAGGCACCCCACCACUACUAAUUCCACCCCUGAUCCUGAUUGAAACAGUCAGUCUCUUUAUUCGCCCCCUCGCCCUAGGAGUACGCCUCACGGCCAACCUGACAGCAGGCCACCUACUAAUUACACUAAUCUCCUUAGCUACAACAACACUACUGCCCCUAAUACCCUCAAUUAGCCUGCUCACACUAACCCUGCUCCUACUACUAACCCUACUAGAAAUUGCUGUGGCUAUAAUCCAAGCCUAUGUGUUCGUACUAUUACUUAGCCUCUACCUACAAGAAAACACCUA